UGACAUCAGUGAUUUUGUCAAGUAUUUUGAUAGAACUUGUUACGAUUUUUAAUUAAUAACUAAACAAAUAAUUGAUUAUAUAAACAUCCUGUAAUAUUUACAUUAAUAUUUACAAUAAUGGUAGAAGAGGUUGUAAGUCCGUAUAAUAAAUCCAAGAAUAAAACAGCAAGACCUAGACCUGUUUAUUUAUGGAACGUACUUGAUGUACAAAAAUGGUUGAGACGACACUGCAGUGAUUAUUAUCAACUUUAUCAUGAAAAAUUUUUAUACCAUGAUAUUACUGGACGCGUGCUCUUGAGGAUAAAUGAGAACAUUUUACUUCGGCUAGGUAUCGAUAAUGAGGAACAUCGUAUGGAUAUUUGCCGAGAAAUAAUGAAACUUCAUUUAAAAACAGAUAUUUUAGAAAUACGUGAUAUUGAGCGUCGAAAUAAUUAUGAUAAUUAAUUUAUAAUUUUAUUAGUGUACAAAUACAUUAAAAUUUAUAUUUU